AUGGGCAAUCACAUCUCAUACACCGCCUCUGGAUGCAAGGUCAAUCUUCCUGAGAACGCUGGUUCUCUCAAAGGUCUUCAGUUCGAUUCCAAGUCUCGCAGAUUUGCCGGUGUUCCUUACGCCCAACCACCAAUAGAAAAACUUCGAUGGCGCAAACCACAGCCUUUUCCCAAAAACCACGUCUAUGGUGCUCCUUUUGACGCGACACAAUUUGGACCAGUUUGUCCUCAGGCGAAUUACUCCAAAAAUGUCAGCGAGCACAUCCCCAAGCACGCCUACAGCGAGGAUUGUCUAAGACUCAACAUCUGGACACCUGUGCCUGACCCAGACGUUCCUAAUCCCAAAUGGCCCGUCAUGAUCUGGUUCCAUGGUGGUUGGUUCCAGGUUGGCGAUCCUAGUCAGGAAGAAAGCAUGGAUCCCACUGAGCUUAUUUCGACUGGCAAGCUGCAAGCUAUUUUUGUAGCUGUGGGAUACAGACUAAAUGUCUUUGGCUUCCUUGCUGGCGAAGCCCUUCUUGAGGAAUCGAGAGGUGAAGCUGUGGGAAACUACGGUCUCUGGGACCAGCGCCUUGCCAUGGAUUGGGUGUACGACAACAUCUCGGCUUUUGGAGGUGACCCAGAAAAUAUCAUCCUAGCUGGUCGAAGUGCAGGAGCCUACUCAGUCCUCGCUCAGACUCUUUAUGACUUCCGAGGCGAAGAUUCCCAAAGCCGCUUCACGCGGAUGAUCAUGUACUCGAAUGCCAUCCCAACACAACCCAAGAGUGUCCAAGAAUGCGAGGAGCAGUUUGAUGAGCUCUGCGAGUACUUCGACAUACCCAAAGAUCUGAAAGGGUCAGAAAAGCUGGAUCGUUUGCGAAACAUCAGCUCGGAUGAUCUCUCUUCAGCCAUCAUGGAGUUGAAGAACCAUACGUUCCGUCCAGUUACAGACGAUCUCUUUAUUCACUCUGGAAUCUUUGGCUAUUACCGCGACGGUUCGUUUGCAUGCGAAUUCAAGAAACGCGGUCUGAAGUUAUUGAUAGGCGAGGUUCUCGACGAGGACACGCUCUACGCUGUUACGAACCCCCCAGACCCCAAUGUUGCUUCGUUGCGUCUGCAAAUAUCAAACUAUUAUCCCCCACACGUCACAGAUCGUCUUCUUAAGCAUUACGCACUGCCCCAAACUAAAGAAAAGGAGGCUUGGCAGAAGAUCUUUGGACGUAUCGUCGCUGACGGUCAGGUCAGAGCACCAUCACGAUAUCUAGUGGACAAUCUUGUGCGGAAUGGCGUGGACAUAAAGAACGUCUGGAGGUAUCUCAUCGCGUACCGGUUGUCGUUUAUAAACAACAAUGUCGCGCCAGCAUCGUUCGGUGUGAGCCAUGCGAUGGACCGUCCCAUCUGGAAUUACUCCAUCACUCACAGCCCAACACCAGAAGAAAGGCAACUCAUGGAUGAGUGGAUCAGUGAUCUACGAGCGUUUGUCAAUGACGAGGAUGGACACGAUUACGGCACUUCAGAAGCUACAGACCUAUAUGAUUGUUCGUGUCGGGCUUAUGGUGAUGUUGGCCAUAUUGAGUGGCGAUCGGAGGACGAGUUUGUCCGGGUCAAGGGAAUAAUUAAUGACGGAAUAGUCACCAAAACGCGGGGUUACCGACAUGAUUGCAUCCCCAGCACUGUCUCUGCCUUGAAAGAACUUUCAUUCACUGUGACAGCCACCGAAGACACAACCGAGCUAUUCUCACUCUUCAACUAUGAUGUUAUUGCUCUCGGUCAUAACACGGGUGAAUAUCUAAGUGAAGAAGAAGUCAACUCUCUGACCGAGUUUGUUCACAAUGGCGGUGGUGUUGUUGGUAUUCACGCUGCGACAAGCGGUAUGUCCUCUUGUACCAAAUAUUCCAAUAUUCUUGGACAAGUCUUCAAUGGACAUCCGCCGCCGGAAUGGAUAACUCUUGAGGUUGAGAGCACUGGUCAUUUCAUUAAUAAAUGCGACACCCUUCCUGGGACGGACGCCGCACCCGACUCGGCUCAAACGUGUCCAUUCAAUACAAAUUUACUUUCAGCAAACCAAUUCCCAUGGUUUGAUGAAGUGUACACUUUCAAAUCUCACCCUCGCGUCCCCGACAAAAACCGCGAAAUUCUUCUCUCUGUGCACCAGACGACCAUCGAAAACGAUGAGAGGCAGAGUUUUCCGCUAUCGUGGACUCAAACUGUUGGAAGGGGAAGAGUUUAUUACACAGCGCUUGGUCAUUUUGAUGAAGCAUAUCGCAAUUCGUGGUAUAUAGAAACAAUUAGCCGGGCCAUUGUUUGGGCUGCCAAGCAAGACCAGUAA